UCAGACCAAAACAGGCAUGUUGGGUGGGCAGGAUAGCGAGGCUGCUGAAGAGAAAAGAAACAGCAAAUAGCUGAGUAGAGGCUGAGGGAGAUAGAGAAUCACAUACUCGUGUUCAAAAAGAUUUCAGUGGAGCUCCAAGAGACAGAAAGACGGGUGGGUCACAGGGAGACAUAGAAGGGAACAAAAAGUACUUUUUAUGAGAAGAGAGGUGUUUAGAAGCAAACAGCCAAGCUGGGAAGAAGAGAUUGUCUCUGAACUUAGCAGUGUGUCUGGGCAUGGAAGACUGAUAGCAAACAAGUAAACAGAGCUGACAACUGUGGUAAUCGCAGAAGCAAAGCCUGCUCAGUGACAAGGAUGAGCACUCCUCCUGAGACCUGUGACGAGGAGCUGAGAACAGGUGCAAAGAAAGAACGAUGCCUUCAGGGGAAAAGCCUACUUCUGUGUACACUUAUUCUCAGUACUGUCCUUGGCUUUACACUGCUUAUCACCUACAUCGUGAUGACUUGUGCUCUAGGAUCCUGUGAUGCCAAGCCAGGUCUUGCUCUGUUGGAGAGACUCCUGAAUUCUAGGAAUGACACUGUAGACCCCUGUGAGGAUUUCUACAAAUAUGCCUGUGGCAACUGGGAAGGCAAACACUCAAGCAGAACUGCAGAAGAAUCACUAAAUGUAUUUGAUGUGUUGUUGGAAGAAAAUCUGUUGAUCCUGAAAAGGCUUUUAGAGAGUCCACAGUUUGGCAUAAGAGGCUCAGCCCAGGAGAAAGCAAUGCAAUUCUAUCGUUCCUGCAUGAAUAUCGAACAGAUAGAGUCUCAAGGAGCUCAGCCAUUGAAGGACCUCCUAAAUCAGGUUGGUGGAUGGAGUAUCACAGAUGUGGAGGAAACAAAAGAUUUUAAUGAAACUCUCCAGAUUCUAAUGGGCAGAUACAACACCUUUCCCUUUUUCAGAGUCCAAGUGGGACCUAUUCCUUCUGACCCCAAAACCAAUAUCAUUCAGAUUGACCAUCCUGAGUUUGAGUUGCCACCUGAGAGUGAAUUCAAAGAGAAAAAUUAUCUUGAGGUUCUCCGUGUGUAUCUUUCAUAUUUGAGGAAACUGGGGGUCCUACUUGGAGGGACACAGGAUGGUCCCCCUGAUUCGUUUUCCCCUACCUUGGCCUUCAUCUCUAACCUCCAGCAAGUUGUCACCCCACUGAAGAAAAGACGGGAGAGCGGGAUGCUGUUCUUUCGCACCACCAUUGGGGAGCUACAGGAAAAUGCACCUGCUAUUGACUGGCUGUCAUGUCUCCAGGCUGUCUUCUAUCCCAUGCCAAUGAACCUCUCUCAGCCAAUUGCAGUGCAUGACAUGGAUUACUUAAGAGGCAUGUCACAACUCAUCGAAAAAUGGCACAAGGGAAGGGUCCUUCACAUUUAUAUGAUUGUUUGUCUGGUUGGGAAUCUCUCCCCAGCCCUUGAUAGUCGAUUCCAAGAUGUACGCCUGGACCUAUAUAAGACUCUUUAUGGAAAAAUGGGAUCCAGAAUGAUCCCAGCUGAGCGCUGGAGGAAGUGCUUGACUGAUACCAGCUCUUUCUUUGAGCCAGUUCUAGGGAAGAUGAUUGUGCAAGAAAUUUUCCCUCAGCAGACCAAGAAACUUGCUGAGCAGAUGUUCUCUGAGAUCCAAGAUGCCCUCUAUGACCGACUGGAUGAGUUGGAAUGGAUGGAUGAACAGACUCGCCAAAGCGCUAAAAUCUCGGUUUCCAAACUACAGGUGGAGAUUGGCUAUCCAGCUCACACACUCCAGACUGCCAAAGUGAACCUGGAAUACCAGAAUUUGGACAUAAAUGAAGACACCUUUUUCCUCAAUGUGGUGGCCUGCUUGAAGAUACUGAGGGAAAAUUCCUACCUGAAACCCUUUCAGCAUCUCCCACAGAAUAAGUGGCAUGUGUAUCCCUGGAGUGUGCAUUCAUACUACUCAAUAAGGCACCAUAUGGUGGUCUUUCCUGCUGGAAUGUUUCGCAGCCCUUUUUUCCACAUAGAGUUUCCCAGUGCUGUGAACUUUGGAGCCAUUGGGGUCUUCAUGGCACAUGAAAUUCUCCACUCGUUCUAUGGUUAUGUGUUGCCUGAGGGCUGUCCUACAUGCAACAGGAGUGCGCUACAAAAAUCUAUAGACUGCUUGGUUGAACAGUAUGAAAGCUACAGCUUUAAUGUCAGUGGCACUUUUACACUGUUGGAGAAUACAGCUGACACUGGAGGGCUCACCAUCGCUUACAAGGCCUAUAAGAACUGGCAGAAAAAGCACAAAGAAGAGAAGGAUUUAUCUAAGAUUGGACUUUCACAUGAUCAACUUUUCUACCUCAGUUUUGCUCAUGCAAUGUGUGGACACCAGGAGCCAGAAAAGCUACAGUUUUCCCUGAACACAGAUCCGCAUAGUCCCUUGCCACUUCGUGUCUGUGGACCUGUCAGCAAUAGUGAGGACUUCUCCAAGCUCUUCCGCUGUUCCAGUGGAUCCCCAAUGAACCCAGACAACAAAUGCCGCAUCUGGUAAUCUGUGUGGGAAAGGAGGAAGAGAGAUAUGACCCCAGGGACAGGAAGGCCUGACCAUGAAAGUAUGACCUUCUUCGCAGGGCCCCUAGGGUGACAUGAGUGACCUUCCUUUAUCUUCCUUUUCUUGUUAUCCUCUCUGUAGAAGUUGAUGGUAGGGAAAUUUUUAAACUGAGUUUAUAAGUGAAGAAGGUCUCCUCCAAGGCUCUCAGAACUCUGUCCCAGAUGUAACUCUGGAGCGUAACAAGUCCCAAGGUGACUACCCAGUCUCUAGCAGGCAGCAGCUUCUGAGGAGCUAUAAACAGAAAGACUGUUAACAUCACUAGUCCUUCUAUUCAGUGCAUUUCCCUGUCUACCCCAGCAGCUUCCCAGUCAUGUUUAAUGGACAGGUCAAUAAGCUGGAGCUCUAAGACUUGUUCAUGAAUGAAUGACUCCUAGGAAAAUGCUGUGGGUUACUAUGCAACCCACACAUGUACUUUAUAAGAGAGGGAAGAAUUCUCUUCUCUUCUUUUACUAAUAAAUUGAGACAGGUACUAGGAAAGACUCAGUGACUACAGUUUCCCGGCUGAAAGAUGUUACUUAAGGUUACUGAAGGCCUUCUCUGUUCUGUUUUUGUAAUAAUGAAGGUUAUUGAAGGCCUUCUCUGUUCUGUUUUUGUAAUAAUGAAGGUUACUGAAGGCCUUCUCUGUUCUGUUUUUGUUUAAUCAUAAAAACUCAUAAGAGAAAAAAGGGGAAACACUAAAGCAUCCCCAUUAGUGAAAGAGGGAUUGGGAGCUGAGAACAGAUUCUCUUUCUUCUUUCUUUUUCAACAAGACUUUCUUUUUUAGUCUCUAGGGUUAAAGAUAUGGUUGAGAGUGGAGUAUGGGACAGUCAUGGGGGUUUCUAGAAGUCUCUAAAGAUCGAUUAAUUAGAAAUCCAAAAAUUUCUCUGGAUCCUGAACCUGGUUCUCUCAUUCCUGGAAGUUCUCUCAUCCCUACAUUUGUAGAUAUUUACCAUCCAAGCAGACAAGUAGAGCUGCUGCAGGAUUUUACUUUCUACUUAAAAUUGGAUUUUAGGUGUUAAUUUAAUUUGGAGGAAAAACAGGGGUAAGAAGCAACGUGUUUUGGGGUAGCAGGAGAAGUGCUUAAAAUAUAUUCUCAAGAUCAACUUAAUAAUUACAUUCAUUUCAGAUUCUCAUAAUUAGAAAAUUUAUACCAAUAUUCUAAAAUUUACCAAAGUCAAUAAGAAUACAAAAUACUCCUACCUUUUGCAUACUCUUCAAACUGUUCUUGAUUAUGGGAGCAUCUUUAUUUUACCUGUUAUAUUGGCUGUGUGGGGAUUGUUUGUGGAAUAGGUGAUGGCAAGUGGAAACAUCCCUCAUCAAUGUAAGCCUUGUAAAAAUAACUGUGUUAAUACUUUCUAAGUAUUGACCAAUGCAUCAAAAUAUUUUCCAAGAACAGACUGUUCAGAGAUUUUGUUUUCAUUACUUAACUAAAAUAUUAAUUAAAAAAUUAC